GGGGCGGCGAAGGCAGCUUGGAGCCCCAGGACACCUGGAGCCCCCUGUCUGGCCACGCGGAGCCGUGAAAGCUUGAUGAAAACGGGACCCCCUCCCCCUCUUUCUUUUCGUCUUUGAUUGCUCAGGCGUGGGUGGUUGAUCAGAGAGAGGCGUGGAUGUGUUUACCAGAUGUAAGUUGUGCUCUUUUCACCUUUACCUUCUGAGGGCUUCUUACGCCUCAUGGUGACAGGUGCACAUCAUGACACAGAAGGGCAGCAUGAAGCCAGUGACGAAAAAGAAAAGCGAAGAACCCGAGUUGGAGCCCCUGUGCUGCUGCGAGUACAUAGAUCAGAAUGGGCAAAAGAACCACGUGGCUGCUUGUUUGUGUGACUGCCAAGACCUGGAUGAAGGGUGCGAGAGAUGGGUUACCUGUAAGUCUGUGCAGCCAGAGACUUGUGAAAGAAUCAUGGACACCAUUUCCGAUCGCCUCCGGAUUCCUUGGCUUCGGGGAGCCAGGAAAGUCAACAUCAGCAUCGUCCCGCCACUCGUCCUCCUGCCUGUCUUCCUUCACGUGGCUUCCUGGCAUUUCCUCCUGGGGCUGGUGGUUUUGACCUCCCUUCCUGUGCUGGCACUGUGGUACUACUACCUCACUCACAGAAGGAAAGAACAGACUCUGUUUUUCCUGAGCCUGGGUCUGUUCUCACUGGGUUACAUGUACUAUGUGUUUCUGCAGGAAGUGGUCCCGCAAGGGCAUGUGGGACCCAUUCAGCUGGCUGUUCUUACCUUCGGGUUAUUUCUGAUACUCUUAGCCUUGUACAGAGCCAAGAAGAAUCCAGGCUACCUCAGCAAUCCAGCAAGCAGCGAUGAGUCCCCAGGCAGCAGCCAGACUGAAUGCCUGAACAGAAAAGGGCAGGGGAAGACCAAAGGGUUCCCCGGGGCAGACACGUCGGGCAGUCUCAACAAUCGUACGCCGAAGGAUGAUCUGAAGGGCCCUUCUAGGAUGUCAGCUGGAAGUCCCACCAAGGCGAAGGAGGACUGGUGUGCCAAGUGCCAGCUGGUGCGACCAGCCCGGGCAUGGCACUGCCGGAUAUGUGGCAUCUGUGUAAGGCGAAUGGAUCAUCAUUGUGUCUGGAUAAAUAGCUGCGUUGGAGAAUCCAAUCAUCAAGCAUUUAUACUUGCCCUUCUGAUCUUCUUGCUCACCUCCGUAUAUGGGAUCACGUUGACCUUGGACACCAUCUGUAGAGACAGGAGUGUCUUCACAGCACUCUUCUAUUGUCCUGGAGUUUAUGCAAAUUACAGCUCGGCUCUGUCCUUCACCUGUGUGUGGUACUCUGUGAUCAUCACAGCGGGUAUGGCCUACAUCUUCCUGAUCCAGCUGAUAAACAUCAGCUACAAUGUGACCGAGAGGGAAGUUCAGCAGGCCCUUCGACAGAAGACUGGACGCCGGCUCCUCUGCGGGCUCAUCGUGGACACAGGCCAGUACAAUAGGGGCUUCCUGCGGAACUGGCACCAGUUCUCCACCCUGGGCACACGUGCAUUCCACCACCCUGCCGAGGACAUUGUCUGAAGUGCCUUCUGUCCGGCUCUCUGAGGGAUGGUGGCUCCUCUC